AUGUCCACUGAGGCGCUUAAAGCGUUUGUUUUUAACGAAUCAGUACCGAUCAUGGACUCGUCGCCUCUUCCGGGAGGGGUUCCUGGGAGUGGAAUGAUCGUUCCUCCUGCGCUUGGAGGAGCCGCUGCUUCGCUGUUCAUGACUGGCGGUCGGAAUCGGGUCCCAGGAGCGGCUAUGAUGAGAUCCGUGGUGGCUCCUGAUACAGGCGUGAAGAAGCGGGAGGAGGUGUUUGUUGAUGUGAUCGAACGGCUGAGCGUGACUUUUAGCCCCAACGGUUACAUCCUGACGUGUGAGAUUGACGGAACCAUACAGAUGAAGAGUUAUCUAACCGCGAAUCCUGAAGUUAGGAUAGCUCUUAACGAGGACCUCGUUAUAGGCCAGAGGAACGCUCCGCCGUCGUUGCUGUAUGGAGGGGGUGGCGGGAUGGGAGAGGAUGGGAGCGGAGGAUUCGGAAUCGUCGUUCUAGAUGACUGCAACUUUCAUGAGAGCGUACGGUUGGAUACGUUUGAUGUGGACCGGACAAUGACUCUCGUGCCUCCAGACGGGGAGUUCUCAGUCAUCAAUUACCGCAUGACACACGAGUUCAAGCCUCCGUUCCGGGUGUACCCGGUUCUGGAGGAGAUCACCCCUUUCAAGAUAGAGCUGUUCAUAAAGUUAAAGGCAGAGUUUCCCGCCACAGCGACUGCCAACUCCAUUGUUGUCCGUGUGCCGCUGCCCAAGAGUGUCAUCAAAGUUGUCAAAGAAGCUGCUCUCGAAGCCAAGCUGCACGAGGAACGACACAAGCCACGGCCUAGCCGGAAAACUCACUGGCUCGAGAUAUUUCGGGACUAUGUCUAUCCCGGACAACUGAUAUUGCCAGGCAAUAGGUUCCAUUGGUACUGGAGACUAAUUGUCAUCGUCAUGGCACUAUACUCCUCACUUAUCACCCCAUUCGAGUUCGCUUUUUUCCGACUGAAAUUCCCUCCUCUGGGUCUACUAAUCAUGGACAUUGUGUCGAAUGUCAUAUUUCUGGCCGACAUUUUCAUCACGUUUAGAGUAGCCGUUAAGGAUCAUCGAACAGGCUCUCUGAUCGCUGACAGAAGGAGGAUUGCAAUAAGGUACCUGCAGGCCUGGUUCACUCUUGACUUCCUCUCAUGCAUUCCAUGGGAAUACGCAUACCAGGCAAGUGGAAGCCUCGUGUUCGAGAUUCUUUUGUGGCUUCGAUUGAUUCGUGCUCGGCACUUGAAAGAAUUUGCUGACAGGUUGGGGAAGGACACGCGGUACCACUACUUUCUGGUUCGCUGCACUGAGAUGUUUCUCACAGAAUUUUAUGUGGUCCACAGUGCUGCAUGCAUUAUGUACUUUCUCGCUCUCACCAUGCCUGAAGAUCAAUCAGGAUACACAUGGAUUGGUAGCCUUCAGCUUGGAGAUCAGAGCUACGCUGACUUUCGAGAAAUGAACAUUUUCCAGCUGUAUUGUGUGAGCCUUUAUUGGGCUAUGGUGACAAUGGCGAGUCUCGGUUAUGGCGAUGUACAUCCUGUCAAUCCUCGAGAGAUGAUUUUCACCAUUGCCUUCGUGGUCUGGGACAUGUUGUUCACGGCAUACCUUAUUGCCAACUUCACAGCGCUGGUUGUCAGAUACCAGUCGAGAUCAGAAAUCUUGCGUGAACGAUUAUCAAAUGUUACCAGAUAUGCCAACAGGAAGCAGAUUCCUGCUGGAAUGAAGGAGCAGUUGCUCUCCCACGUGGUGCUGAAGCAAGAGGCGUUGGAGGAGGACAACAAGCUGGUCAACGAGUUUCCCAUCUCCAUCCGUGAUGGGGUCGCAAUGUCCCUGCACGGGAAGGUGCUCGCAGAUGCAUAUCUAUUCCAAGGCUGCUCAAAGGCGUACAUUCAAUUCCUGGUUUCACGACUGCGAGUAGAGUAUUUUCUUCCUGGGGAGGUGGUGGUGAGUCGGCAUGACAACAAUCAUCAGCUCUAUCUGCUCGUGCAAGGAGAAGUGGAAGAAGUUCAUUUCAGCAGGAAUGGAGCUCGAGUGGCCACAGUCUGGAGUCCAGGGGAGAUGUUUGGGGAGGCAGGGUUGCUCGCCAGCAAGUUCUCUCCCUUCACUGCACACGUCAAGUCGUUCUGCAAGUUGCUGAGGAUCGACGGGCAGGUCUUUUCUGAGGCCAUUGCGUUUCAUCAGGAAGAUGGAGAGAGGAUUAUCAGCAAUUAUUUGCAGAAAUUCGGGCAAUCGGAAUCUGAACCGGUAGACUUUGGCCAGCCCAGGGCUCGUCGACUCACAGACACGGCAGAGGAGGUGCGCAGGGCGGUGACACAGCGACAGGCACAGCAGACGCUGAGCGCCAUACAGCAAGCAGCACGGGGAGACCUGGACCACCUCAAGAUGUUGCGAAAGCUCGGAGCAGACUUUUCUAAAGGGGACUUUGACGGCCGGACUGCACUGCACCUGGCAGCUUCUAGGGGCUUUCCGGACAUCUGCAGUUUUAUUCUGAGAGAGGGAGGCGCUGCCAACAGGAAAGACCGGUUCGGCGUGACACCUCUCCUGGAAGCCCUGCGAGCAGGCCACAUGCAGACAGCCGAGGUGCUUCGGGAGCACGGCGCCCAGAUCCUCCUGGAUGACCCCGCAAGCGAGCUGUGCCAUGCGGUGAAGCGCGGUAUGGUGGAGUACCUGGAGCGCCUCCUCUCUUUCGGCCUCGACCCCAAAGAGGCAGAUCACGAUCUGCGCACGCCCCUGCAUGUGGCAGCAGCAGAGGGCUCCGUUGUGCUCGUGCGGCUGCUGCUGGAGCACGGGGCGGAUGCGUGGGCACGGGACCGGCUGGGCCACCUUCCGGUGGAUGAGGCGUGCCGGAAUGGGGCGAGGCCGGUGAUUGCACUGCUCAAGGAUGGCAUGCGCGUGAAGCUGCCGCCGCUGGCAAGUCGGCCACCAGCUGGACGAGCCUCUUUGACUCGUGGAGGCUCACAGCGCCGCCGCCACACCCACCACCAGCCUUCAUCUUCCAACGCAGGCGCCCCGGCCACUACUACUAGCACCGCUGCCACUACCACCACUGGCACGACUAACACUGCCACCAGCAACACAGCCAGCACUCCCCGCCACUCCCAGCCCAGCAGGCGGCGCUCCCAGAGCAUCGACACCACUUGGUCCGACCAGAUCGAAUCUGUCCCUGAAGGCAGCAGCUCGGGAGCCGCAUCCCCCUCCACCUGCCUGCCCUCCGACCCCCUCCUCCAGCAGCGCGUGAUGCACCUGCGCCGACGCCCCACCAGCUCUGUGCACAUCCCCAGUGAUCUCCUGGCCGACCUCCUUCCUGGCCCGGUCAUCGACGAGUAUCUCUCAGAGCACCAGCCGGCUUCGAACCAACCGCUCUUCACCCCUCCUGCGUCGCCCCUCAUGCAUUCGCUUCCUCCGAAGCUCCAUGCUGCUGCUUCCUUGAGCGCGGCGACCUCGUAUGAUGGCUCUGGAUCGCAGCCUCGCUCGUCCUCAGCAACCUUCCCACUCUCUGACCCGUAUCCCCCAUCUAUUCCGGAUCCACACACCACACACACCACACACACUGCACACGCCAUCACGCACGCUGAACACACCGCGCACACCGCACCAUACCCCUCUGCCUCCGCUGCUCUCCCCCCUGUUCCACCUGCCCCUGGCAUAGCCUCUGCUCCCCGUGCACAACAGCGGCCCACCCCCCUCACCAUCAACCCUCUAGACAGAAGCCUGAGUCGCGCCUCCACAGCCCCCCUUUCAUCACUAGACGAAGUCCGCACCCAACUGAUACCCUCACCAGACCCCCCCACUCCCUAUGCGACCAGCCAGCCCCUGUCAGGACCUUUGGGGAGAGUGGGAGAGCCGAUCACUCCCUACCCUCACCGCAACUACGUUCCUGCAGGAUCAUUCUCAGGGUCGUUCACGGCCUUGCCUCCGCCCCCCACCCCAUCUGUGGCUGUGGCCAACCGCCGCGUCACAGUCUUCCCAUGCCAACCAUGGGACACUGGCCCAGCUGGCAAUCCACCUGGGGAUUCUCCUGGGGAAGAUGAACUUAGCGAGGGAGCUCAUGGAAGGCAACCACGUGACUGUUUGCCUGAUCAGGCAGUGCAUUCAUCAGGGGAUUCUGCAUCGCCUGAACCUGGGAGGGAAGGAGGUGUUGGGAGCCGGGCUGGGGAAGAGAAAAGAUUCAUGGGACGACCAUAUGGGAAGGUGGUGUUGGUACCUCUCUUUAUGGUCACCCUGAAAGAGCAGCUGAGCACACUGUUUGGAUUCCCUGUGAGAAUCCUUGUGAAUAAGGACGGUGGGGAGAUCACUGACACGGAUACGAUUCGCGAUGGAGAUGUCAUCUUUGCUCCACCACCUGAACCUGCUCUAUCUGAUCCCCUUGUGUGCCAAUCCUGCAGAUGUCGAAAAGUACCAGCACCAGGUGAUUCCAAUCGAUAG